UCUGCAGUUGUGGUCUCAUCAGAGAGUCUGAACAUCAUCAUCAGGAAACCUGAUAACUAAAAAGAAACCAGCUCAGUAGAAUUUCCGAUGUGGCAAUGGCAUCUACUGUAAUCAGUUCGGUUCCUACCACUGCAUCUCGUUUUGCUUUACUGCAAGUCGAAAGCGACACUGAUUCGGAGCCUGGAAAAGGACGAAGUGGCCGAGGUGCCAGUAAAUCUCAGGCUUCAGGGGGAAGAUCAUCUGCAAAUGAGAAAAAAAGAAAGAAAAGGAGAAAAAAGAAAGAACAGCAGCAGAGUGAGGCCAAUGAGCUCAGAAACCUUGCUUUUAAAAAGAUUCCUCAGAAAUCCUCACAUGGAAGCUGUCUGUCUCAGCAUGAACGAAAGCUGCACACUGCAUUGCAGAAGGACUCUCAGGAAGAAAAUUGGCAGGAGUGGAGACAAAGAGAUGAGCAGCUGACAUCUGAAAUGUUUGAAGCUGAUCUUGAAAAAGCGUUGCUGCUAAGCAAAUUAGAAUACGAAGAGCACAAAAAGGAAUAUGAAAACGUUGAAAAUACUUCAUCUCAGUCAAAGUCUGUGAAUAAGAAAAAGAACCAGCAAGGAAAAGACAAACCUCUCACUGUGUCUCUGAAAGACUUUCAGUCAGACAAUAACCUUGGUAAAAAACAUGAGGAACUGAACUCUUCCCAGUCUUCGCUGCGUGAUGGAGGAUUUUUCAACAGGCUUGAAGAUGAUGUUCACCGAAUACUGGAGAGAGAAAAAAGGAGAGUCCAGCUCACUGAUUACAGUGAAGCAGAUAAUUGCCCAUCUCAUGAACACAACCAGGACAGUGUUUUGAAAGAUGGAAAAACAGCACGACUAAAGCUCGAGCUUGAAAAGAAAGAUGCAGAAAUUGAGCGACUGAAGAAUAUAAUAACUCAGUGGGAGGCAAAGUAUAAAGAAGUAAAAGCAAGAAAUGCACAGCUUCUGAAGAUGAUGCAAGAAGGUGAAAUGAAAGACAAAGCAGAAAUACUCCUACAGGUUGAUGAAUCUCAAAUUAUCAAAAAUGAAUUGACUGUACAGGUAACUGUACUUCAUGCUGCAUUAGAGCAAGAAAGAUCCAAAGUGAAACUGCUGCAGGCAGAAUUAACAAAAUACCAGAGUGGGAAAAAAGGGAAAAGGCACUCAGAAUCUGACCAGUGCAGGUGA